CAUUGACAAUUUUGACUGCCGAAAAGAUUGACGUGUUUAUUUCACGGCUGUUUGUUCAAUUUUGCGAAAAGGGCUCAUUGAAAAAGCCGGUACCACUGAUUGAACGUAGCAUAAGAUAGAAAUAAUCACACAAUAUGCUGCGAACGCUUUAUCUAGGUGUUUUAUUGUGUGCUGCCGGGUCACUGGCCCUGUACGACUCUUCGUCUGACGUGAUAGAAUUAACGCCCAAUAAUUUUGAUAAACUAGUCCUCAACUCAGAUGAAGUAUGGAUAGUGGAAUUUUAUGCACCUUGGUGUGGUCACUGUAAGAACCUGGUACCCGAAUACAAGAAGGCCGCGCGAGCACUCAAGGGUAUAGUCAAAGUAGGAGCAGUAAAUGCAGAUGAACACAAGAGUUUGUCACAGAAGUAUGGAGUCAAGGGCUUCCCAACUAUCAAGAUGUUCACAGGCAGCAAAAACACACCAUACCAGGGUCAGAGAACGGCAGAAGCAUUUGUGGACGCUGCCCUCAAGGCUGCCAAGGACAGGGCCUACGAUAACCUCGGCAAAAAGUCUAGUGGCUCAUCCUCAGACAAGUCUGAUGUCAUUGAGCUGACGGACAGCAACUUCAAAGAACUGGUGCUGGACAGCGAAGACCUCUGGUUGGUUGAGUUCUACGCCCCAUGGUGCGGCCACUGCAAGAACCUGGAACCACACUGGGCUAAGGCAGCCACUGAGCUGAAGGGCAAGGUGAAGGUUGGCGCGCUAGACGCGACAGUCCACCAGGAGAUGGCCGCCCGCUACCAGGUGCAAGGCUACCCGACCAUAAAGAUGUUCCCGUCGGGCAAGAAGACCAGCGACUCGGUGGAGGACUACAACGGAGGCCGGACAUCCAGCGACAUCGUCGCGUGGGCCCUUGACAAGGUUGCCGAGAAUGUGGCGCCGCCGGAAAUUAUUCAAGUGGUGAAUGAAGAGACUAUGAAGGCUUGCAGCGCGGCGCCGCUGUGCGUUGUAUCAGUGCUGCCUCACAUCCUGGACUGCAACGCGGCGUGCCGCAACGGAUACUUAGACGUGCUCGCGCGCCUCGGCGACAAGUACAAGAACAAGAUGUGGGGAUGGAUUUGGGCUGAAGCGGGCGCGCAGCCUGCCUUAGAAGACGCUCUUGAACUCGGCGGCUUCGGUUACCCGGCGAUGGCGGUGGUCAACGCCAAGAAACUCAAGUUCUCCACGCUUCGCGGCUCCUUCUCAGAGAAUGGCAUCAACGAGUUCCUCAGAGAUCUGUCGUUCGGUCGCGGCCAGACGGCUCCAGUGAAAGGCGCUGAAAUGCCUAAGAUCUCCGCCACCGAGCCCUGGGACGGAAAAGACGGCGAGUUGCCGCCCGAAGAGGACAUCGACCUCUCCGACGUAGACCUCGAGAAGGACGAGUUAUAAGUCAAACGCCUCCGAGCUUCAGUUUCAAGUCUGAUUUAGGUUUAGAUUUACAGGUGUGAGGCGACCUCCAAAAGCUUGAGAAAAUAACUGCUAAUCAAAAGGACGCUAUGUGAGUGGGUCGGCAGUACUUACAAUGUCUGUGUAGGUUUUUAUCCCUAAUAGUCAUCUAUUCACACCGGGAAUAUCAAUUAUCAAUGAAGUUUUACCGUCUGACUGUGCCCAAUGAUGCCGACCCGCUUGUGUUUAAUUAACGUCUCUAACACAAAUUAGCAUUAUUGGCUUUGCUAAGAUCUUUUUUUUUCCGAAAGUAAUUUAUCGCUAUCGAUGUAAUUUAUACUCACAACUACUUGUUUACCGAUAGAACGGCGCCUAUACUUACAUUGUGUUUAACAGCGCCGUGCGGGUUUUAACAUGGAGAGCUACCUACUUUGGCGUCAACGAAUGUGUUGCGCAUAUCAUAGCAUAGGUUUCAAUAACUAUACCUAACGUUAAACAAUCAAUUCUAUGCAAAUUACAGGCAAUAAUAUUCCAGCUAGUAGAUUCAGCGAUACAUAAUUUUAUCUAAGGUUUAUUUUUAUAGGAUAUUUAUUAUGAAAUACCUUUAUUUGAAAAUCACAAUGUUGAAACGACUAUUUUUCGCGACAUUUUUUUAUGUAAUAUUUUCUGUAUAAUGUGUAUUGUAUUGUAUGCAAUGAUGAUGAAUGAUUAUUGGUGUUUUCUUAAGGAGCGUAAUAUCAUUAAAACUUUUGUAUUAUAGUAUGCAACUUAGAAUAUCUCAAAUUAUUUAUUAAAUUGAACUUUGGUGAGAAUUUAGGUAGAUAUUAGCUGGCAAUUCUUCCAAUAAAUACUGUACCUUAAUGCAUUUAUAGGAAAGCCAUAUUUGGAAACGUUUAACAUUGUAAAAACAUCCCAAUAAACUUUUACAAUUA